AUGUACGACGACGGCAAACGUUACCGCAAUCUGGACCUGUGCUGUGAUUCCUCCCAAACCCGGGCCAAGAUGCUACGGCCCGAAACGGGAAAGUGCUUCCCGUACUCGAUCCUGUCGAAAGCGCAGCAACUACCGCCGGCCGGUGGUGCCGGAGUCAAAUCGCUGGUGCCUGCGAUACCCUAUGGCGAUGGUGGCUUCCUCGACUUGGUGCAGCCGUCAAACGUUAAAGCAGCGUCCGAGAUGCUGCCGCCGACCAACUUUGAUACUUGCGCCACCAGCGCGGGGGCAGGCUUCUACGGGAGUGCCAUGGUGACCGACGUGGGUAUCUGCUUCAGCAUGAGCAACGUUAAUCUGAACGGAGAGUAUCCGCCGUUGCCGCCGAAUCCAGUGGUGGUGCAUCCUGGAAGCCCUUCGCGGACCCCUUCGAGAUCGUACGAGGAUCCUGGUCCCGGGACGGCCCUUAUGGUAGCUCGGCGCCGUGCCGCAGCCUUCGUGCCCGUUUCUGCCGGAGACCACCGGUUUAAUCCGAUCGUCCAACAGUCAUCGCCGGCUGGGCUGGCCACUAGUCAGCCACUUCAUAUACUGCCACAGGCCACAUCUGUCGUCGAGCAGCAGUACCGAUCGCCGUACGGCACGGCGCACCCGGUCAGUGCUGAGCUGCAGCAAUUACCAAGCAUUCCGGUUCACUAUCCGAUGGCCCGGCAUCGGCCGACGUUUCCGGCCCGGUACGGUACUGCCGCCCGGUCUCCUUCCUGCGAAGGUUUGACACGGGUCACCACCACGGGUUCUUCCGCAGUCGGGGCGACCUUACCGCCGUCCUACUACAGUCAACAGUCAUCCGCGACAACGGCGGCGGCAGUUCUGGGUGUGUACCCAUCGACAGCGGGCAAUCUUCAUCGCCACCAGGUGGUUCCUCCGGCCGUCGGCUUGACGUAUUUGCCCGGAGUUCCACCCGUCAGCGUCCCAAUCGGGCCGCAUGUCCAGCAACCACCGGCGAUCGAUUCCUUGGAGUACCAUCGGUCCCAACAGAAACCACUCGGCGUUUCUAGCGUGGCCCAGGCCGGCUUCACCUACGAUGCCGCCGGACGGUUGCUGCUUAACUGUUGCUACACCGACAUCGACCAGCAGCCCAGCGUCGCUCCAAACUGCCACGGACCAUCGGUGGUGGUGCCUGUUGCUCCGCACUGCAUCACCCGGGACGACGCAGCGAGUGCAGCAGCGAUUGGUGUUCCGGUUGAACAGGGCACCCCGCCGCAUGUGAGUCGCUCCUGUCCGACUUCACCGAAAGCGCCCGAGGGUGCGUUUUCGGCUGCGGAGCCCGGUGAAAGCCUCUCCACGAGCUCCUCCCCGAUUAGCCUAGUGCAGCGGCGGGAUCUGUGCGACGGUGGGCCGAUGGAGGUUUGCGAAGACUCGAUGGCGACCGAUGAUGAGCCGAAGGAUUUUAGCAUGAAGUCGCCACCGAUGGUUGUUGCUGCUGUGGUGGCCCCGUCGUCGGAUGAUGGACCGAUGUUUGGUCGACCUUCACCACCGCUCGGCGGCGGUAGUCUGCUGCGCCGCGAGCAGCGGGAAACCGUAGUGGGCCUCGGCCGCAGUAUGCGAUCGCUGCUGGAGCAGGAUCGAAGUCGCCGGGAGCUGAAGGCGGCGCCGAAGAAGAAGUGGAUACGACACUACAUGAAGGAUGAACCGCUCGUGAAUGGCCAUUCCACCGCGCCGCCGCUCGUAGUGAUCUCGUCGAACGGUGUGGUGGGGGCGCCAACGCAGAAGCACCAUCUCGCGAGUCACGUUCCCGUGGUCACGGGUUCCACCGCCAGCAUUACCUCCCCGAUGACGAUCGACCUGUCGACCAAAAGCCUAAACCACCUCCAGCAGCAGAACGGCGGUCCGUUCCAGCAUCACGCUGCGGUGCUUUCGCUCGGCCCCUCCACGACCCCACCGUCGUCCGCCCUGUCAUCGUCAUCAUCGUCCUCUUCGUCCUCUUCCUCCUCGUCAUCAUCAUCCUCGACGCUCACCGUCUCACCGGUGGACGAUUCGCAGUCGUCGCUGAACCUGAGCAACGCUUCCGCCCCAAACAGUUUCGGUGGUUCCGUUCACAGUGCCAACACUUCCGGCGGUGGUUCGCUCAACCUGAGCAGCGCCGCAGGCAGCGCAUCGUCUCCACUGCCGGGUAUCGGUUUGACCCCGGCCACCACCACCGUUACAUCCGUCGUCGGGCCCGGUGGCGUACUGCCGAUCGGCAUCAACGGUGGAGUGCUGCAAACGGCCACCUCCGGAACGGUCAAUCGGCACCCGGUGGCCGUGCACCAUUUGCCACUGGAGCUGCAGCAGCAAGUGGCGGCCGGUUUAUCGGCCCACGGUUCGCAGACGGCCGGAGCGGCCCUGUUCGCCAACAUCCCAGCGCGGCGGAGAACGACCAGCUCAAACAGCAACGGAGUCGGAACGCGAGAGGUUCACAACAAGCUGGAAAAGAAUCGACGCGCGCACUUGAAGGAGUGUUUCGAGCAGCUAAAGAAACAGCUCAGCCUACAGCCGGACGAGAAGAAGAUCUCCAACUUGUCCAUCCUGCACGCAGCGAUACGGCACAUUCAGAUGCAGAAGCGCAAGGAGCGCGAAUUCGAGCACGAGAUGGAGCGGCUGGCGAAGGAGAAGAUUGCGGCGCAGAAUCGGAUUUUGCUGCUGAAGCGCGAGAUCACGCAGAUGGGCGAUAUCGAUGUGUCUCGGCUGGCACCGGAUACGGAUAUCACACCAAACCCGACGGGCGGUCUCAAUCUGCCCAGCGUGGUGCAAUCGGAUCGUGAUCAUCUCAGCGAUGCCGUGCUCGUUCCGGGACGUAAUGGCAUUCGGUACAGCUCUAGCAGCUCACUCUCGAGCAUUGCAACGAAUGCUUCCAUCGGCACCUUACCGCACCAAACAACCAUUUCGCCAGUUCUAUCCAUAUCAUCACCGACGCGCGGCAGCCCGGCCUUGAACCGCAGCUCGACAUCGCCUCCGUCAUCAUCGUCGCCGUCGUCGUCCUCGCUGUCAUCGUCGGCGUCCUCGCUGUCGGUGUCGUCGACCACCGCGAGCCUCAUGCUGCCACUGUCGUUGACCACCAAGGGCAGCCAUGGUGGUGGUGGGGUCCUAGAUUCGCACAAUGGCGCUGGCGCAUGCAACACAACGUCCCCGUCUCCGCUCAAGUUUUCCACCGGCCCGCUGAACGGACUCAAUCUGAGCAAUUCCGUCUCGGCCCUUCCUAUAAACGGAAUCAACGGUACAACGGCCGUUUCCACCGCCCAGCUGCCCGUCAUCGUCGGUGCGAACGGAGCUACCAACAUCGUUGGCAUUACUCACUCGCAGUUGCUAGCAACGACGGCUGCCACGGUCAACGGAUCACCGGCCAUCCAAACGAUACCGUUGAACCUGAACGUGACAUCGACAGCCGUCAGCAAUGGGCUUAACGGGGUCGGUAUCCCAGCGACCACGGCCAUCGUGUCCAGCGCCGGUCUGCAUUUGGCAUCACCGUCGGCCCAAGCGCUGCAGUUGACAACGAACGGUACCGGCGGUGGCGGCAGCCUAGCCAGCAGCAGUAUUGGUGGUGGAGGUAUCACUGCCUCCACCAUUGCCACCAGCAACGGUAGCAGGGCGGGUAGCACUGCUUACGGGGUGAUGCCAACCGUAAGCGUAGGGCAAACGUUGACCAGCGUGCACGGCAAAGAACUGAUUAACGGUACGAUCGGGAAGAACGGUACCGUACGGACUGAUAAUAAUAGUAAGCUUGAGAUUAUUGCAACCCAAACCCCCACCGUGAAUAAUGCGACGGUCGUCGCAAACGGUGCCACCAUUGGCACCGCGGCCCUAGACCCACCGGGAACGAAGGUUAUCACCGUGGUGAACGGUAACACGUUCGCACUCGCCUCGAUGGAUAAGGACAGCAAGAUGGGUGUCGUCUACAGUCCCAUCCAGCUGCUGACACCGCAAGGACUUCGCGUCAUACAGCAGUCCCAGAAUGGGCUGGCAACCAUCGAGCUUAGUGCGCCCGCUAACGGUGGCAACCGUUUGCAGCUGCAUUUAACUCACUAAAGAGCGGUGGCCGCCGCCGCCGGGAGGGAGUAAGGAACGAACGUCAACCCACCCUCUUCCGCCGCAACAAGCGCCACACGCGCUGUUCCUUUCCUCUCCCGAGUUUCGUGACCCGCGUGCUGCCCUAGCUUCCAUCCCGGGGGUUGAUGGUGCCCAGUUUUUGCCACACUUGCGGCGGCACAUGCGAUACGCUGCCAGUUGCUUCGUGAACAAGUGGCACGUUUACAAGUGGCCACAAUUGCAUUUCUACACACAAAACAUAAGUUCAAACCGAGUAAUAAUAUGCGAUCGAUAUUACUUCUAAAGUCCGGAUUCCAUCUUCCUGUCUUCGGUUUCGGCGGAUGCGGUUGAACCUUCGUACCUAGAACAACAGAUACUAACGAAGACUAAACACGCAUCAGCCACCGCUGCUAUCGACGGAAGGAAACGUGGCCCAUUGCGCGGGGCAAACAACAUGCCGUGUACGAAAGCAAGCCAGUUCCUUAUGCGACAAAUAAUAUAAUUACUUCGUAAACGGAAAAGUUGUGGAAAAGUCUUAAAUGGCCAAGUGUCCCAAAGCGGAUGAUUUUCAAACAGCAACAACACUGAUACACAUAUGACCAAUGAUUUACAUGCCAUUGCAUUGCUUCGAGGAUCGGGGGGCAUUCGCCCUGCGAAUCGGGUGGCAGCGAGGCGUGUGAACAAUAUGUACCGAAUCGGUUUCGUCAUCUUCCUCUUUAUCCUACAAUCAUUUCUCGUUCUCUCUUCCUCUCUCUCUGUCGCUUUUCAUUUGUUUUCUUUACGAAAAUUUAGCAGUUUCGAACGUUAAACGUGUUGAAUAAUCAGACGACCACAAAAACCACGAUGAGAAUGAGCGAGCGACAGAGACAGAUUAAGAGAUUGGAGGAAAGGUCGGAAAGAGUAAGGCUCUAGCGAGGGUGCAGAUCAAUUGUACAGCAUUUAAAAAAAUGGACAAACAACUUCUAACAAACAAAAGGGUAAUAGUCUAACAAUAACGGAACCAUACAGUUUACAAAACGGAGGAGAACCUACAAAUAGCGCCACAACCACGUAGCGUGUGUAUCGAUGGACGUCGUAGACAAACGGUAACCAUAAUGCUCGACAUGGUAGGCCUGUCGGUAUAACAUAGAAACAACAUACUACAUACUAGCACUACAACUACUGCUAAAACUAAUAUCGAUAGGAUGUCUCCGUGUGUUGGUGUGCGUGUUUAUGAAUGUGUGUUGUGAAGUUUUGGUAGUGACCUCCGGCUGAUAGCAAACGGUCUUUACGAUCGCCGCAGAAGCAAAACGAUCAUCAUCCACAUGAAGUAGACAACGAACACAUCUAAGUAAACAUUGAACAAAAAGAAACAGAGAAAACCCGGUUGAAUGGACGUUAGACAAGAUGUCGGACUAGAUUGCAGGUUGCUUUCCAGGUUUGUGCUUUUCGUUUUGGACGUGCAUGCAUAGUUUUUGGGAAAAUUGUAGCAUUGGUUGCUUUUCACUAGUUUCUCUGCCCAGCUUGUGGUAGUAGUGAACUUUUUUAUCUACCAUUCGUAGAGCCGCCCCACCCCCUUUACGUGGGGUCUCGAUUUGAACGGCAUCGGCUUUUGGGUAGAGUAUAAUUGAUUUUUCUGUUUUCGUUAACAGCAUACGACAUCGAUUGUCGAUGGCACUUUUGCUGGCGCAGAAGACUAAUUUAUUACACAACGGUCUUCGGACCGCCGCAUGCAUGUGGACGAUCAAUGCCGAGGAGUGAAAGUUGUUGACAGAGGAAGUAAAAGGAACCGUAACGAUGGGCAAGGAUGGAUAGUAAUAAUUUUAAAAUAAUGCUCCGGGUACAGCAUCAGAAAAUGGUUUACACAAGCGAAUCGUUUUUACCGAUACGAACAAAACAUUAGCACCAAGGAGUGGGACCGGCAAACGAGUGGCCACGGGAAUAGGGCAGCGGAAGUAGCGUACACAACAAAGAGAAAGCACUUUUACGUACACACACUUUAUAUGAACCAAACAAACAUAUAUUUUUCUAUGUACAUAUUGUAACAUUAUCGGUAAGACAGAAAAUGCUGCGGCACCGAAGGGACAAUGCUGCAAAUAUCUGCAAACGCAAAAUCAAUCUUCAUUACCCAAGGGAACAGCGAACCGACGAACGGACGCACGGGCGGGCGGGCGGAGUUUUAGAUCGUGUAGCGCCGGGUGGGCAGUUCUCCGGGUUGCUCUAUUAUAUAUCGUUUGGAACGAAACAGGGGUGGAACCAAUGGACGUCAACGGGGAAUCAUAGUGCAGAAUGCUUCCCCAGAUAUUUUUGCCUUUCCACCAGACAGAAAUCGCAUCUGGAUGUGCAGCUGGAUGGGAACAUUUUUUUUUUUUAAUUCCUGAAAAGCACACAAAUUAUCAAACAGUCGUCAGUGAGGGGAAAAAGAAGCUGUUGGAGGAUGAGAGGCAAGCGCUUGAUAAUUAUUUUAUUUUGAGUUGCGUUUUUAUUGAAUGUAUAAUUAAAUAUUUGUGUUGAUCGUAAGCCUAUUUUAUUAUGUACAGUAUUUAAAGUCAAGGCUAGGGCUAGAAAAGAGGAAAACAAAACAAAAAAUACGCGAUCGCGUAACGAUCGUGAAACUUGUGCACAGCCCAUGCGGUAUGGUGGGAAUUUUACAUAGCAAACACAAAUUUUCAUACGACCACCGCCGCCCGGGGGGAAUAAUCAACAAAACAAGGGGCCGGAAAAUGACGCAGAAGUGGGUCUGAUGCGACUGAAAGGAUUCAAAACUAUUAAGCAUAAUAAUGUAUAAUGAACGGAAAUCAAAAUCAUUUAUUUAAAAAUUCAUUCAUGCAAGGUACAAAUGAAAGUAAAACAAAAAAGGGCACGUUUCAACCAGGAACGGCUGAGUUGAACACGAGAACUGCAGAAUUCAGACACACACACCGUGGGCAAGACAGCGUUACUUGAGGCAAUCCAACAACGAUAAACGAAUCAAGGUGGAGUGCCGACAGGGUGGCUACGGUGGGUAGCAAACGCCUCUUUUGAACGAAAUAGGAAACGGAAAACCAAUACAAAAAGAGAAAAGAAAACAAAAGAGAAACAAUUGUAGUAAUAAAUUAUCUAAUACGGUGAAUAUUAUUAUUACUGAUGAUAAAACUAUUGGAAA